AUGUCGAAAGCAGACGAAGGACGCCUGAUACAUAUAGCAAAAAAGCGGGAGCGCGCCAAAGAGGCGAUUGAACAGAGGCGCCGAAAACUGGAGGAAGAAACAAAAAAUCUUAAGUCAGGAAUAACAACAAAAUUCACGGCGAAUUACGAUGCAGUAGAGGAUUCACUGAAAACAAGCACUGUUGGUCUUGUCACUUUGGACGAAAUGCGUGAAAAGCAACGCGAUAUUGUUGAAGCGAGGUUGUAUAGAUUUCACUCAGUGACUUAA